AUGUCGCAGCUUAGGCGGUAUGCGUUCCUGCUGGUCGCGGUGACGUUCCAUCUAGUCUACAUAUUCUCCUGCUUCUCCAUCUACUUUGUGAGCCCCAUCGUGCAUGGCAUGCGCGAGCACCGCGUGGAGACCCAGGAAGCUCCCGCGCGACGGCUGGUGCUCUUUGUUGGCGACGGUCUUCGCGCCGACAAGGCAUUCCAGUCCUUCCCAGACCCCCACCCCAAUGCAACCACGCCAGACACCCCCAAGCUCCUCGCAGACUACGCCAAGACCCCGCGUCCUCUCGCCCCGUUUCUACGCUCCAAAGUACUCCAAAGCGGCACGUUCGGCGUCUCCCACACCCGCGUGCCCACCGAAUCGCGCCCCGGUCACGUCGCGCUCAUCGCAGGACUGUACGAAGAUGUCUCCGCCGUGGCUACUGGGUGGAAGCUGAACCCCGUCAACUUCGACAGCGUCUUCAACCGGAGCCGGCACACAUGGAGCUGGGGCAGCCCGGACAUCCUGCCCAUGUUCGAGACAGGGGCUGUCCCUGGGAGGGUGGAUGCGUACUGCUACGGACACGAGUUUGAGGACUUCUCAAAGGACGCAUGGGCGCUGGACGAGUGGGUCUUCGAGCGUGUGAAAGCGCUGUUCGAGGACGCGAAGACCAAUGCGACGCUGAAUGCUGAGCUCCGCAAGGAGAAGAACGUCUUCUUCCUGCACUUGCUAGGACUGGACACGUCGGGCCAUGCACACCGCCCCUACUCGUGGCAGUAUCUGUACAACGUCCAGAUUGUGGAUCGUGGCGUAAAGGAAAUCACCCAGUUGAUCGAGGAUUUCUACGACGACGACCACACGGCGUUUGUGUUCACCGCAGACCACGGCAUGAGCGACUGGGGCAGCCACGGUGACGGCAAUCCAGACAACACACGUACACCUCUCAUCGCGUGGGGGGCUGGUGUUGCGAAGCCUGUUCGCGCCGUCGGCACACAGGCAGAGGGUCACGAGGAUGGCUUCUCGCACGACUGGAACCUCGGUCACAUCCAGCGAAACGACGUCGACCAGGCUGACGUUGCGGCGCUCAUGGCCUACCUCCUUGGCCUCGACUUCCCCACAAACUCGGUCGGCGUACUGCCAAUGGCCUAUCUUGACAGGGAUGACAAGGCGAAGGCGGAAGCGCUCUUGGUCAACGCGAAGCAAAUACUGGAAAUGUACCGCGUAAAGGAAGAGAUCAAGCGCGCGCAGGCCCUCUCUUACAAAUCCUUUUCCGGGCUUGGUGACGAACAACAUUCUGUCGCGCACCGAGUAGCAGAGAUACAAAAGGCCAUCGAUGCCGGCAAGUACGAAGAGGCUGUCAACCAGACAUACAACCUCAUCGACCUCGGACUCGACGGACUGCGAUACCUGCAAACCUAUGACUGGCUUUUCCUCCGUGCACUGAUCACACUCGGCUACCUGGGCUAUAUUGCAUUCGCAAUCACAACAGUCAUGGACCUUCAUGUGCUGAAUGAAGAUUCGCAAGCGCAGAGGACAACGCUGAGCAUCACUGUGUUUUCCUCCAUCUUGGUUGUGCUAUACUCGGUCCUGCUCAAGCAGCGGUCGCCCUUAUGGUACUAUGCCUACGCCUUUUUUCCGGUGCUCUUUUGGGAAGAAGUCUACGCACGAAGGCUGUCAAUUAUCAAGGGCGGCAAAGUGCUCUUCAGCGAAGUCAACACUCGAGCGGACAAGGCCAAGCUUGUGCUGGCAACGCUUGGGUUUUUUGGUCUGCUGCAAGCUCUGGUGCAAAGCUACUUUCACAGAGAGAUCUAUACCGUCUGCUAUCUACUUGCUACUACUUGGCCUAUCCUUCAUGGCCAAGGCUUUAUCAAACAGAAUAUCGGCACAGUCGCGAUAUGGAUCGUCUCUUGCAUGAUGAUGAGUGCAUUUACAUUGCUGCCAGCAAACAAGGCUGAGAACGUCAGCUUAAUAAUGAUGGGUGGCGGACUGAUGUUUUCUGUCGGCGCGUUGUACCUCGUCUUCGAGGAGAGGAUUCUUGCCAGUGCAAAGCCUCGAGACGACUCGGCUGAGGCCAAAAUCAACGUCAACUCGCGGCUGAUUCUGGGCGUUCAGCUCGGCCUCGUGCUUCUGUCUAUGAUAGUCACGAAGAGCAGCAUCUACUACGUCCAAGCAAGGCAGGGUCUGCCCCUUGGAGUCCUGGUAGUAGGAUGGGCAACACUCGUGGGCUCGCUGUUACUGCCCAACCUUCAUGGCUUGUACCCAAACAACCACUACGUCCACCGUCUUGUGGUCAUGUUCCUGCAAUUCGCGCCGACCUUCAUCAUCCUCAGCAUCUCUUAUGAAGGCCUCUUCUACUUCGCCUUCUGUCUUUGUCUCUUCAGCUGGAUGCGUCUGGAACACCAGGUAUACCUCCACACAGCCAGCAUUCCCAAGGCUACCCCACAACCUCGCCAAUCCGUCGAGCCUGCCGUCGCCGCAGUAGGAGACCACCCUCCACUACCCGCCCGAACUACCGAAUACCGUUCGCUCACACUAUCCGAUGCACGCAUCGCACUAUUCUUCUUCUUCUUCAUCCAGUCCGCCUUCUUCAGCGCCUCGAACAUCGCCUCCGUGUCGUCGUUCUCGCUCGAUGCCGUGUACCGCCUCAUCCCUGUCUUCGACCCCUUCAGCCAGGGCGCACUGCUCAUGCUAAAGCUCAUGGUCCCCUUCGCCGCUCUAUCCGCCAAUUUUGGCCUGCUCAACCGCCGCCUAGGCGUCGCGCCCAGCGCGCUCUUCAUGGUGGUCAUGGCAGUCAGCGACGUCAUGACGCUGAGUUUCUUCUUCAUGGUCAAAGACGAGGGGAGCUGGCUCGACAUCGGGACGACCAUCAGCCACUUCGUCAUCGCCAGUUUGCUGGGCGUGUUCGUUGCCGGCUUGGAGAUCUACAGCGAGUGGACUAUCCGCGGCGUCAAGUUUGACGAGCCGAGAGCUGUUGACGCCGGUCGAGAUGGAAACAGCCACGCGGGGAAGAACGGAAAGGCGAGGUAG